AUGCUCGUUACCAGGCAUCUCGAUACAGAGCAAAACCACUGGUCUAGCAAAUUUGAGACCGCCUUCCACAAGUCCACAAGCCCACGCAUGUCGAGCUACGACGGCCAUUUGUCGACACAGCCUGAUUGGCAGGGGCAAUACUCCUUUCUUCCUCCCGUGGAGAGCAACAUCUUCGCCCAGCCCUUCGAGCAGCAAGGCUCGGGGUCCAGCAGUAACCAUGACGUUUCUUCCCAGCAGCAGCAGCAGCAGCAGCAGCAGCGCCCCUCGAGCGCGCACAACAGCAAUCUCGACAACCCCAGCCAGGCCGCCCAAGGCACCCUCCACUCACCCAUGAGCCAUCACCGUGUGCUGGAUCCUCUUGGCCUACGACAACCCAAGGCGGAGUCCCCUCCGCAAGGGCACUCUGACGUGCAGGGUUCGCGUUACGCCAUCAAGGCUGAGUCUGCUCACGAGGAAUCGCUAGCUUCUACGGACGCCCACGGACAUCCACUUGGGCCGAGCGGCAUGAGUUCAGCGUCUGCAACGGGACAGGGGCAGGUAGAAACAAGCUCUGAUCCGGCCGGGAACGACGAGGCUGCCCUAGGAAAAGACGAGGAUGACGAUGUGCUAGAAGACGACGAGAUGGUGGAGGCGGACGCGGAGGCUACGACUCAGCCACAGACGGCUGCUGAGCGUACGGCGGCUCGGAGGAAAAUGAAACGCUUUAGGCUUACACACCAGCAAACACGAUUCUUGAUGAGCGAGUUUGCGAAGCAGCCGCACCCAGACGCAGCACACCGAGAGCGACUUUCCAGGGAGAUCCCAGGGUUGAGCCCUAGGCAGGUUCAAGUCUGGUUCCAGAACAGGAGAGCGAAGAUCAAGAGACUUACGGCGGAUGACCGGGAUCGAAUGAUCAAAAUGCGCGCCGUGCCGGAUGACUUUGACAACGUCCAGGCGUUGCAUUCUCCCUACGGGGCAGUGCAAGGGCUGGGGGGUGCUCCCAUCACGCCGCCUGUGGAUUUCGGGACUUCCUCGUACACCGAUCACAUCAUGCGGCCGCUGAUGGUGGACACGAUGCGCCGAGGGGAAAGCGACGAUCACAUGUCAUCUUCUGGGCUGAGUCCAGCAUUCGGGAGCAUCGGCUUUAACCCUUCAGGGGCUAUGGGCAGUUCCGACCUGCUUUCGCCGCUGUCGCCCUCGUCCAACGACCGAGGGUACUACUCGAGCCAUCUGUCAGGGCCGCUCAGCGGAGGACAUCGGAUUUCGAACCCCUUUGCCCGGCAAAACAGCCUCGACUCCGGCGUGCAGAUGCACUCGCAGAACCGACAGCAGAUCCGCCCUUUACAGCCGCUUCAGCUGCGGGAGACGGUGUCGAGGUCGCGGCCAGAGAAUCUGCAGUCGCCGUUACGCUCGAGCAUGUCGUGGAAAGGGGACUCGAUCGACUACACGACGUAUUCGGCCACCGGCGGCAGCCCCGGGAUCAACUCCCGGCAUCCGUCUAUAUACCAGCCCGACCCGAUGGGCAAUAAUUCCAGCAGCGCGUUGAACUACGAGUCCGGCUCCUAUUCCUCCCCAGGCGUCCAAUCCUCACCCACCAACAUAAACUACUCGAGCCUGCAGCAGCCGUCGCAGAACCGCUCGCGGCUGCGCGCCGCCUCCGCGAACCUGCCCCUCGGCCUCGACCUGCGGCACCAGUACCGCCCCUCCGCCACGCCCCGGACCACCACCACCACCACCUCGCCCUACGGCGCCCCCUACACCACCAGCUUCCCGUCCGCGCCCCUGACCGCGCCGAUCGACUUCCCGCUUUCCAGGACCCCAGGGAUGGGCCGGAGUUCGGUCCAGCAGCAGCAGCAGCAGCAGGGUGGUGGGGAGUACUCGAUGCCGCAGAUGAGCGCGCCGAUCGCGCCGUCGACGGACUUCACGGCGGCGCUGCACGGCGCGGGCGGCGGGGGCAGUACCACGAGCACGCGGACGCCGAUGCGGGAUACGUUUGGCGGGGGCGGUGGUGGAGGACCGGGGUCUGGUGGUGAAAGGGGGGGCAACGAGGACUAUUCGCAAGAAGGGCUGGGGGGGCCUGGCGCGAGUCUGAAAAGGAAACGCAGCUCGUUCAGUCUCGCGCAGGGCGGCGGUGGUGGUGGUGGUGGACAUACGCCGAGCCCGGUGCAAACGUCGCAGCCGUAUGGGCAUGCUACUUGA